CUCAGCAAGGCUCGACGUCGUCGCUGACCGAAAUGACGUCACGGCUGUUCCGUAACUCCGGAUGCACGCGGCGGUAGCGUCCGCCAGUCAGACUCGCCGCUGAUCCUGGGGUUGGUGUGUGUGUGUGUUGUUUACAGCGCGGCUGGGUGGGGGUGUGAAACAAACCCCGCGAGAGUAUUAUCCGGUGCAGCAGAGGCUCCUGCCUGCAUGGAGCUGCGCGCUGAGCCGGUGGUGGCGAGUUUGGAGAUGUCGGAGCUGCAGGGCGGAGGAGGUGAAGGGGACGGCGAUGGCGCGUGCUCCGAGGACGACAGUUAUGAGAGUUUACCGCUGCACGCGUCGUUCAGCACGCACAUGACAGCCGGCGCGGUUGCCGGAGUGCUCGAGCACACGGUCAUGUAUCCGGUGGACUCAGUUAAGACGCGUAUGCAGAGUUUACAGCCGGACCCGAAGGCUCAGUACCGCAGCGUGUACGGGGCGCUGAAACAAAUCGUGAUGACCGAGGGCCUCAUGCGGCCCCUCCGAGGCCUCAACAUCACGGUGCUGGGGGCGGGGCCGGCCCACGCGCUCUACUUUGCCUGCUACGAGCGGAUCAAGCGCAGCCUCAGCGACGUCAUUCAGAACGGUGGCAACAGCCACAUCGCCAACGGGCUGGCAGGAAGCGUUGCUACUGUGCUCCACGAUGCGGUCAUGAACCCCGCUGAAGUGGUGAAGCAGCGCAUGCAGAUGUAUAACUCGCCAUAUCGAGGCUUGUGGGACUGCGUUCUGACUAUAAGUCGUGACGAGGGCUUGGCCGCCUUCUACCGCAGCUACAGCACGCAGCUCACCAUGAACAUCCCGUUCCAGGCUCUGCACUUCAUGACGUACGAGCUGAUGCAGGAGCGGCUCAAUCCCGAGCGCCAGUACCGGCCGGGAACGCACAUGGUUUCGGGCGCCGCAGCAGGCGCCGUAUCGGCCGCGCUCACCACGCCACUCGACGUGUGCAAGACGCUGCUGAACACGCAGGAGGACGUGGCGUUAAAUUCGGCUCGCGUCAGCGGUCAUCUUUCAGGCAUGGCCAAUGCCUUCAGGACAGUCUACAGGCUGGGAGGUUUGACCGCCUUCUUUAAAGGUGCGCAAGCACGCGUCAUUUACCAGAUGCCUUCAACUGCCAUUGCCUGGUCCGUCUACGAGUCGUUCAAGUACUUCCUGACCCGGGAUGAAGAAAGCAGCUUUGGACAGAACAGGACUAGUCGAACGUGAAGAGCCCGGAAGGAACUUCUCGACUAAAUCAGCACUAAUCACAGAGGAGCCGUUGUCCGUCACAACGUUUUUUUGUUUCCACCACACUUUAAUAGUGUAAAGUUCCGAAGAACAAAUCGACAAAGUCGUAUGCGUGCGAUCCCGUUUUAGGUUCUACUUUAUUUAUUGGAAGAUGUUCUUGCUGUUACAAACAGGAAACUUUAUGUAGGCAAAUAAAUAGCUACUGCUAAAUACGCACAAAUAUUGAACGACUAGAAAGAAAGCGGUGAACACGUAUCUCCUGUCAUUAAACGCCAGGACGGAAUUGCUCACUAAACGGAUCAUGCUCUGUGUUGGUGUCGAGUGGUAGGUGCCACAGCGGGCCUUUCGAAUCAUUCCCAGAUUUGCAUACUUCCAUUCCAUAUGUUUCCCUGGGUAACAACAGACAGGCACGUUUAGCCUUGUCCGUGUGUUUAGGGUUUUUAUAUAUAUAUAUAUAUAUAUA